AUAAUAAUAAUAAAUAUAAUAAUAAUAAUAAUAUAUAUAUAUAGGAGGACCAUGCGGUUCAUGCGCCGGUUUUGGGUUCCCUGGGCUGAGCAAUAACAAUGAAUACAAAUAAUAAUAAUACAAUAUAAUAAAAAUAAAUAUAGGAGGAGGAGGAGGAUCACAUGGUUCAUGCGCCAGUUGUAAUAAAUUAUAAUAAUAAAAUAAUAAAUAGAGGAGGAGGAGCAUCACACGGUUCAUGCGCCAGUUGUAAUAAAUUAUAAUAAUAAAAUAAUAAAUAGAGGAGGAGGAUCACACGGUUCAUGCGCCAGUUGUAAUAAAUUAUAAUAAUAAAAUAAUAAAUAGAGGAGGAGGAUCACACGGUUCAUGCGCCAGUUGUAAUAAAUUAUAAUAAUAAAAUAAUAAAUAGAGGAGGAGGAUGAAGAUCACACGGUUCAUGCGCCAGUUGUAUUAAAUUAUAAUAAUAACAAUAAAUAGAGGAGGAGGAGGAUCACACGGUUCAUGCGCCAGUUGUAAUAAAUAAAUAAAUAGAGGAGGAGGAGGAGGAGGAUCACAUGGUUCAUGCGCCAGUUGUAAUAAAUUAUAAUAAUAAAAUAAUAAAUAGAGGAGGAGGAUCACACAGUUCAUGCGCCGGUUGUAAUAAUGAAUUUAAUAAUAAUAAUACAAUCCAUAUAAUAAUACAUGUCAUAAAUCUAACACCCAGAACCCAUUCUGGCAAAGGGAGGCGGCCUGAUAAGGAUUUCAGGUGUGUCGAAACGUACCUGGGAAAGCCUCCCCGGUAUGGUUUCAGGUGUGGCACCCGGCAGGUAUUUAAGCACCUGCAGACAGGUGUGGGGCAAAGGUAAGGGCGGGUUGGAUGGAUGGAGGAGUCCCCUUUGACCCACCUCGAAGGGACGGCGUUGCGAGGACGGAGAGAAGACGCACAGAAACAGACACCUGUUUAAGAGGCAACACCUGGCCAGACUCACCUGUGCAGGAUGUCCAGCAUCUUUGCGUAUCAAAGUGCGGAAGUCGACUGGUGCGAAGGGAACUUUGAGCAUUCCGAGUACAUCGCAGAAUAUUACAAUACGAUCAGCAACGUGUCCUUCUUUGUGCUGGCUCCUUUUCUUCUCUGGAUGAACAGCUCCUACAUGCAGUUCCGUCCCAACCCCGUCAAGGGACUCUUUGUGGCCCAGCUCUGCAUUGGGGCCUUCUCGAUGUACUUCCACAUGACGCUGAGCUUUGCCGGUCAGUUGCUGGACGAGCUGUCAAUCUUGUGGGGCGUGUCCCUCUGCUACGCCUUCUGGUUCCCCACAAGACACUUCCCCUCUUUCAUCAAAAACAGGGACCAGUUCAUGGUGCUGGUGGGCCUGGUGUCCGGCUGCAGCACGCUCCUCUCCUUCUUGCGCCCGGCCUGGAACGCGUAUGCGCUCAACUGCGUGGCCUUGCACGUGCUCUACCUCCUGGGCCUGGAGCUGCACAGGAGCCCGGACGAGCGCGUCCACCACGUGGCGGCCUUGCUGCUGGCCUGGUGGUUGAUCUCCAUCGGCUGCUGGCUGACCGACAAGUUCCUCUGCGGGUUCUGCCAGAAGAUCAGCUUCUGCUACUUCCACAGCUUCUGGCACGUGUUCAUCAACGUGGCCCUCUACUACUGCGCCACGCUGGUCAUCUACUUCGACCUGCUGCUGGAGGGUCCCCCGGGGACCCCCUUUGCCCGUCCCCACUUGGCCUACUGGCCCAGCGAGAGCAGCCCCUGCGCCCUGCCCUACGUCACCACCAUCAUCCACAAACAAUGCUAGCACAACAACAACAACAACAACAACAACAACAAUCCUGACACAGAUGUGGGCGAAACGCCAGGAGAGAAUGCUUCCGGAACAUGGCCAGACAGCUCGGAAAACAUACAACAACCCUGUGAAAGCCUUCGACAACAACAACACUUUCUUUCGGAAAAGUCACUCCGUCCUGCUGCGGCAAGCGAGGCCGAUCCCAUCCGCGUUAUUUAUUUUUAUAUAUUAAUCACGGUUCAAAAUUCAAGGUUUCCUCUCAAUAAAUCUUUGUUCUCGA